AUCAUACCAAAAUAAGGAAUCCACAAACAGUUUAGGGACUAACAGUGGAUGGUGCGUUGGGCCCGUGCAAGCGUGCUAACCUGGCGAUGGGCAGAAGUUUACCAACAGAAGGGAAAACAAUGGAAAAGGUGUACAUGUGAAGAAGCUAAGGAGGUUUGGGCCAAAGAGACUUGUUUCGACUUUCCAUAUUUCACGAAUGCCUUUUCAGGAUUCUACAAAUAUGUAAGUUUUGAUAAGAAGGCAGCUUUCACCUACUUACUCACUGAACAUUUCAUCACUUACCUAACCUCGUUACAGUGCAUUUGGAUGCUUUGCCAACAAUCAGGUCUUAAAGAAAAGACUGGUUGCUGUUUGGGGUUUCUUGCCGUUUGGCUGGGGGGGAAAUGGACCACAACUCGAAAAGGCUCUUGGACUAGAGUUAAAAUGUGCGUGUGAACGGUAACAAAGAACGACAUGAACAAUGGCAGAAAGAGAGGGGAAGAAUGCGGUCGUGUAUCACAGCGUCUCUUUCAAAAAGUUGGGGUCCGGGGGCGCCAACAGGAGUGCAGACCAGCAACACAAACCAGAAGAUUUGGAGGCAGUUGGCGUCGCCCUUCCCCCGGAGCCCAGCAAAGCAGAACAGUCCUUUGCGACGCGUAAUGUCAGUGUGUCAAGAAAAGUUUCCAAAAUCUCUGCCACCGCUACCGCCACAGCCGGCCUCUCAACCGCAAACCAAAAGACAGGCUCCUCCGCUCCUCUCUCGUCUAUUUCUCCAUCUAUCCGCCAACUUACUGAAAAGUUUAGCAGCAGCAGGACGCAACGAGCCUUACCGGGAGACGGUGCGGCGGUGACGCGGGGAAGCAGCACUCUUCCCCGGGCCCGAAGCUUCAGAAGAGACGGAUCUCCGUUUCGUAAAUCUUUUCACGAGGACAGCGCUGGAGGAUAUUUCCAUGAUAGUGACACUACUACAACAGAGUCUCUUUCGGACACUAAACUGCUGAAGUUUCACUCUGGCACUGAUUCUGUGUCAGGCUCGGAUUCGGAGAGGAAAAGUGAGAAGCUAAUUUUUACACGUUUAUCAACCGACAGCAGCACAAAAUCUGGUAAGAGAGACUAUUCUCAGAUAUAUGCACGUCUCUCUGAUCUUAAAAAGACUUCGACUGCAGAUGAAGAAGUAGAGGAUGUUUGCAGAAAAGGAGUCCCUCCACCCUGUAAAUCUCACAGAAGUUAUCUCUCUACCCACCACAGUGACUUUAUUCCCUCACACUCUGACAAGUGGCCCUGUGUAACGAAAAUUAGACAGCUUUUUGAUGAGAAACAAAGCAAAGCUUGGCUUCAGCACAAGUCUGACACCUGUGAGAGUUUAAAAGCAGCUCGCACAGCUCAUGUUCAGGCGCUCAGCUGCAGUGAAAGUGCUCCUCUCUCUGAUAGAGGUGACAAACAGUCCCUUUGCAGUUUUGCUAAUGAAGCCAGUGACCUGUAUUUGCGUGACAAAUGCAUAGUUGGAGCACAAAGCAGAGAGAAACACUCUGCUAAAGAGACCUUUUGUCACGGUAUGGACUUGUAUACCAAAGGUGAUCACUGUCAUUACUCGGAUGAUGAAGAGGCAGAUGUAGAAAUACCCGGAGUGUCUGAUAAAAUUAAUUUUCAAGGCAGCAGCAGUCAAAGUCACACUGGGGGUAGUCACCACCAUAGGAUUACCUCAUCUCCAUACAGAUCUCGCUGUUCCAGUGCUGAGGCACAGGCAGCCCAUAAGACCCCAAGAACCACAGGAUUGACAUCUGACCCUAACCCUGACCUUCAACCCCUUGCUACUUCGUCUUGGAGUCAAUCGGUGAGCGCAGACACCUCCUCUUGCUCCUCCUCUCUUCAGCAGCCGACAGAAAGGGAGAAAAGGGAUAGACAGGGGGUCGGGCUGCCCAGGGAUAGUUUACAUUCCUCACAUAACUCCUCUAGAACACCAGCCCCCACCACCUCCUCCUCAACUCCAGCUCAAGAUAAAGCUAUUACCUCCUCCUCCUCUACUGUAACUCCCUCCUCUCAACUUGGAGCCCCAACAGUUACUUCUUCCCUCAGCUCCAACUGGAAGUUAAGCUCUGGAGACGAAGAGGAGGUGCACACCAGGAGAAGAAGAGGAGGCAGCUUGGGUGCUCCCUCUGGCCCUACUGCCUCCAUCACCUUCAGAGGAGGGGAGAGGGGUGCCACAGAGCGAGGGAGUGGCUAUUUAUCCCGCAGUAAAAAUGGUUGGUGGGGGGCCAAGGCCAUCGGCCGGUCCUCUGGCAGUGAAGAGGACAGUCCUGCUUCUUUAGGCUCCCACUGUCGAGAGGCAGUGCGCCGCCGCUCACUUAGAAAGAAGAAGAAGGUGAGUGGCGCUGCUCCAGUGGCAGGCCGAGAUGAUUACAAUGACCAUGAUGGUGAAUCAGAAGACAGUGACAGUGACUCUGCAUUAACGAUGGACCAUUUGGAGAAGCAGCAGCAGGAACACUCCGGAGGACAGUAUGCAGGCUUAAUACCUCGCAGCCACUCUGCACGAGAACCCAGCAGUCAUAGCAACAGAGCCAGGGUGCAGCACUGGGAGCGCAUCGCCUCACCUGUGAUGUCCACCUCACUUCCUGGGGUGUCACGAGUGUCAAAGGUGAACAUACCCCCCUUUAUUUCCAGUCCUGGUGAUUCUCGCUGCAGUAGCCGAUACUCCAGCACCGAGACACUGAAAGAGGAGGAUCAGGCUGGCUGUGCCCCUCGUGCAUCACAUGCCUUCUUUAAUGUGGGUGGAGCAGAAGGCAGUACAUGCAGAACUGCAUCCUCAUCUGUGCUGAGUAAAACCUAUCAUGGGAAUUUUACCAUGUAUCGCUCCCCAAGCUUUGGCCAUGGGGAUAACUUCUCACGGGCCCCCAUGCAUGUGCACCCCAAGAUUGCGUCAGUAACCCCAUUACCUGGUGUUCAUGCUAGAGAAGGUAGGGGAUCUUUGGGUGUUAGAGAUGAUGAAACGGUGGCAUUGAAGAAAACAACAGGAGGAGGCAGGGUAAAAGAUAAGGAUAAAAACCAAAUCUCCAUGUCCAACCCUGACAUCACGUCAGAAACUAUGACUCUCUUAAGCUUUCUAAAAUCUGACCUGUCAGAGCUCAAGGUGCGCAAAACAAACGGAGGAGACAAAUGUGGGGUUAUGGAGGGGUCGUCGGCAUACAGAAGGAGCUUGGGGCCUAACGGUGGGACCCUGCUACCUUCUGGUCGUCGCCCGUCGCUAAAAGAUCUGACCGCCACUCUGCGGCGUGCAAAAUCCUUCACUUAUUCGGACAAACCUACAACAAGCAUGAGGUGCUACUUGACGGGUGGCAACACAAAGAGGAGUUCCUCUGAGCAGCAGCUUGACUUGGAUGGAGAAAAGGGUGGGGGGAGGGUGGUGUUGUCAGACAGGGAAGUAGAAAGUGAUGGUGGGGAUUUUAGGAUUGGAAGAGGACAAAGAAUUAGGGAUUAUGGACUGGAUGAUGAUGAUGAUGAAAUGAUGCCGACUCCACUGCAGGAGAGGUGUGUACAGGAAGCCAGGCAGGUCAUUCAAGACAUCUGCCAGAUGUGUACGAGGGAAGAUGAUGAUGAUGUUGGUGUAGGGAGAAAUGAUGAUGAUUUCAAGGAUGAAUGUUUACAGGUCAAGAAAACAAAUGAAGAGAAGCAAGAAGCAGGAGGCAUUAAACAUGAGACAGGAAUAGCUCAAGAGACCAAGUUUGAGAGCACAAAAAACAAAGAUAAACAUGAGCUGGAAAGGGAGAAGAGGGAGAGGAGUGGACAGAGUAUGCAGCUGGAAAAGCUAAACAGCAGGGGCACAGAGUGCUGGGAGAAGUCAAAGAGAAUGAGUAGAGAGCUGGAGAAAGCAUUACUGAAGUGUGACUCUGAGGAAAGCAUGCUCUACGACCGCUCUGUGGAUGAACUUUCAGGCCACGAGUCAAGCUUAACUGAUGAGGGGAUUGUAACAGAGCCAGAGACAGGCCCUAGCGACCUCUCUGAGAGGUUGUUCUUGGGAUCAGCAGGGGUUAAUUUAGGGUCAAAAAUAGCUAAGGAUGUGCUAGGCCAGCCUGUCACUGCAUGGAAGCAGUCAGCUCUACAUGAGGCUGAAGGGUUCAAACAGGAGGGAGAAAAGACAAGAGAAAACAGCUUGAACUGUGCAAAUCGUCUGAAUGAAGUCAGUCUUCCUUGCUCCUUGGCUCUUCCUGUAUGUAUGGCUGAGAAUGACAACCGUAUUAUGGAUCUGAGCACUGUUGCUUGUAUUAACAUCACUGCUGCCAGUGAAGGGAUACACGCCAACAGUGCUGUGUCGCAGGGGUCAGCAACCACUGCAGGAGGAGGAUUUGAAACCCCUGCAACUCCAAGUGCUGUUCGUCGGAGGCGUAAAUUCUCUCCCUCUGGUAAUAACAACACAGGGUCAGACUCCAGUAAUGGCAGUCAUGCAGAGUCAACAAUAGCAGCUGUAGGAAAUGGGGAGUCUGCAGUCUACCGUUCUUUUAGUGACCCCAUGCCCCAGCGGCGCUGCUCACUAGCAGAAGAAGGGAACAAUAAUUUUUCAUCUGUAGACAGCAACCUUCUAGGAUCCCUAUCUGUCAAAGGAGGAGGAGGAAGUGCUCCAGAGGGCUCUGCUGCAGCUUCGUUAUCAGAGUACAAGGGAAGUGUAGCUAGUGAUUUGUCUGUUUACAGUGAUGGUGGGCUCCGUGAGGACUCCAUUCGUGAUUACAGUGGGGUGAUCAGGAACAUUGUAGCUGAGCCAGGUGCAAUGGACAGACUGAUGACAGAUGACCAUGGCAAUGGCAAAGCUCCCAAGAAGAAGUCUUUCAGUGACCCCAGUCGCCGUGGUGAUGCCCCUUUACUUUCCCAUAAUGACUCUCAGUUCAGAGGUCAGGCUGGCAGCACUCAGCCAAUCAGUGAGGUGGAUCAGCCUGGCCAGAUUCCACCUUCCAGCAGUGAGCCAAUCUUGAGUGAGCAGAGAGAAGAGCUAUGGGAGUCAGAGGCUAAGACCACACAGCUGCAUCAAACCAAGAUGGCCCGCUCCCUCUCAGAGUGCACGCCUCACUCUGAUAACCGCAAUGAUGAAGAUGAUGUAAUAGACCAAGAAGGAGAGGAGAAGGUGCAGAAGUUCAACUUUGACCUCAAACUAGCUGAAGUUUUGUCUCCUAGAAUGAUUCGGCGGCCUGCUAGAAAACGGCCAAACAGGUUGGCGUUUUUCCCUCACGAGGACCCUUUUGAACCCCUUGAACUGGGUUCAGAAGGCCAGGAGGAGCAUAGCAGCCAAACUAAGCUCCACUCGUCUCCUCCAACUUUACUACCACAACUCAAACCUAAAACUACAUCCAAGCACAUGCGCCAUGCCAGUGAGCCCACCACCUUCAUCCCCAUCUCCCCGCCUUCACAACUCCAGCCCCUGAAGGAAGCGGACUGCAUCGCUGUCCAGUCUACUGCAGAACCUCCAACCUCGAGUAAGCCUCCAGGAGAUGAGGCCCCUUCUCUGGAGGAUGUGACACAAAAAUAUAUUCUUCAACUGAGUACCUCUGAGAGGGACGCUGAAGGCCCCGGACCUUCUUCAGGGGCGAGGGAUGAAGGUCAAGGUUCAGUAUCGGCUUCAGAGGGAACCAGCCAGACCAGCAGUGGUGGACUUCAAGAAGCUGGAGCUCAGAAGAAGAGCACAGAGGACGCUGCAUCUGUCUCAGCUUGUCAAAAGGCCAAACCCAGAGAGGACAUGAGGAGACAUGUGAUGAUGACCCUCCUGGACACAGAGCAGUCUUAUGUGGAAUCACUGCGCACCCUCAUUCAGGGCUACAUGCGUCCUCUCAAACAACCGGACGGUGGCUCCUUAGUGGACCCUCAGCUGGUUGAUGAGAUGUUCUACCAGAUCCCGGAGAUCUUGGAACACCACGAGCAAUUCCUGGAGCAGGUUUCCUGCUGUGUCAGCCAGUGGCAUGACAGGCAGACCAUUGGAGACAUCCUCAUUCAAUCAUUCUCCAAAGAGGCUCUCUCUGACAUGUAUUCAGCGUACAUUGACAACUUUCUGAACGCCAAAGAUGCUGUACGGAUUGCUAAAGAGGCCAAGCCGGCGUUUCACAAGUUUCUGGAGCAAAACAUGCGCGAGAACAAGGAGAAACAAGCUCUGGGUGAUCUGAUGAUUAAGCCGGUGCAGAGGAUUCCUCGUUACGAGCUGCUGGUUAAGGACUUGCUGAAGCACACUCCAGAAGAUCACCCGGACCAUCAGUUCUUACUGGGCGCACAGAGGGACAUCAAGCGUUUGGCGGAGAAGAUCAACAAGGGACGUCGUUCUGCUGAGGAGGCAGAGAGGGAGGCCAGAGUUAUCCAAGAGAUUGAGGCACAUAUAGAAGGAGUUGAACAUAUUCUGAAUCCCCACAGGAAGUUCUUGAGACAGGAAAUAGUUAUGGAGGCGAAGACGGUGGGCGGGAAGAAAGACCGUUCCCUCUUCCUCUUCAGUGAUCUGAUCAUCUGCACCACACUGAAGAGAAAGUCUGGCUCGUUAAGACGCAGCUCCAUGAGUCUAUAUUCUGCAGCAAGUGUGAUUGACACAUCCAGUAAAUACAAGUUUCUGUGGAAACUUCCUCUAGAGGACGUGGAAGUGGUGAAAAGCUCCACUCAGGCAACAAAUAAGGAGAGCAUCCAGAAGAUGAUCAGUCGAUUAGAUGAGGAUCUCAGCACACUUGGUCAGAUCAGCAAACUGUCAGAGACCCUCAGUUUCCCACAUAUGUCAUUGGACGAGGUGAUAAAGGAUCUGAUGGCAUCGGUGCACAAAGAGCUGUCAGAGAAACAAUCUUUGGCCUUCAGUAUGACUUUCCUGCCCACAAAGCUGGAGUUCACAACAGCCUCCGCAGAGAGCAGCUUCGUCUUUGAGUUUAGCUCGCCUGACACUCGCUCCAGCUUUGAACAUGCCUUUGAGGAUGCCAAGAAGAAGCUAGCUAUGAACAAGGACCAGUGGAACCCAGAGUUCCUGAAGGCCAUCCCGAUUAUGAAGACCCGCAGUGGAAUGCAGUUUUCAUGUGCCUCUCCCAGCCACAGCUGCCCCGACAGCGGCUGUGAAGUGUGGGUGUGUAACAGUGACGGAUAUGUGGGACAGGUUUGCUUGUUAAAUAUUAAAGAUGAGCCCACAGUGGAGGCCUGCAUUGCUGUCUGCUCUGCAAGGAUCAUCUGUAUUGCUGCAGUUCCAGGACUCAAGGGAAGGGAUCGUGGCUCAGAGCCUGCCCAUACCUCUGCAGCACCUGCUCACACCCAGCAGCAGCUCCACAUUUCUAUCUCUCAUUCAACCCUGGAACUCCCAGAACAACCCACAGGACCAGGGGCGGAGCUUGUGCCAUUUGACAGCGAUGACACAGAUGAUGAAGAUUCACCCAGUCCUUCUUCCACUCUGCAGAGUCAGGCCAGUCAUUCCACCAUAUCAUCCAGCUAUGGCAAUGAUGAGAGUCCAGGUUCCAAGGACAUGGCUACAGAGACCACCAGCAGUGAGGAGGAGCAGGAGUUUCCAGUGGCAAGCUCCUAUGGCGCUCCUGGGAUGUUAGGGGUUGGGGGAGGAAGCCGUCCCCAAACAGAGAGCCCAAUGGAUGGCCGUGCCAUGAGGCGAUCCUCCCGAGGAUCGUUCACCCGGGCAAGUCUGGAGGAUCUACUCAGCAUCGACCCAGAGGCUUAUCAGAGCUCUGUGUGGCUGGGCACAGAAGAUGGAUGCAUUCAUGUGUACCAGUCUUCAGACAACAUCCGCAACCGUAAGAACAGCAUGAAGAUGCAACAUGCAGCCCCCAUCCUCUGCAUAUUGUAUUUGGACAACAAAGUAUUUGUGUCAUUAGCAAACGGAGAAGUGAUUGUGUAUCAGAGAGAAGCAGGUAGUUUCUGGGACCCUCAGUCUUCUCAGACGUUAGUUCCUGGCACGCCCAGUUGUCCAGUCACCAAAAUGGUUCCUGUUGGGGGGAAGCUCUGGUGUGGCUCACAAAACAGAGUCCUUAUUAUCAACACUACCACACUAGCACAAGAACACUGUUUCCAGGUAAGCACUGACAGCAGUCGCUGCGUGACGUGCAUGGUGGUGUAUGGUCAGGGGGUGUGGUUGGCUUUGCAGGGCAGUGCACAGGUCAGACUAUACCAUGCUCAGACCUGGGAGAGCCUGACAGAAGUGGAUGUGGCUCCUGCUGUGCACAAAAUGCUUGCAGGUGCAGAUGCAAUUAUCAGACAGCACAAAGCUGCCUGUCUCAGAAUUACAGCUUUACUGGCCUGUAAGGAUCUGCUGUGGAUUGGCACCAGUGCAGGGGUGGUUCUUACGCUGGCAAUCCCAGCUGUGAGCUCGGGAACUGGGGCUGGGACACUGAAAUCUCCUCUUGUGCCAAUGGGAUCGGCUCAUGGGCACACGGGGCAUGUCCGGUUCCUGACUUCUAUUGAACUCCCAGAAGGGUUUGACAUGAACUUCCCUCCUGCAACAACUGACUCUACAGGCAAUCAGUCUCAGAGCAGCAGCACAACUGAGGGGAGCCUCCAAAGGCGUGACUCCACACACCGCAGAGCCUCCGCCCACAUCCCUCCAAAGACCAACCAUCUUGUUAUUUCUGGAGGUGAUGGCUAUGAGGACUUCAGACUGACCAACAGCAGUGAAACUGUUGGACGGGAUGACAGUACCAACCACCUUUUGCUCUGGAGGGUCUGAAACAAUCGAACAGUAUGACUAACCUCUCUCUACCAGAAAUCAGCACACAACCUGCUCUCCUUGAGCUUGAUCAGACUCUUCACUUUUCAAUGCUAUCAUUCUGCUCAAUCCAUCAGUUUCUGUUUGCUUAAGACAGCUGUCAACUCCGUCCAAGACUUAUCAGUGAAUAUGACCACAUCAAACCCAGUUUUCUUGUGCUAAUGUUUCUGGUGGUGUGCAUGUCAGUGUUUAGUUAUUUUUUUUAAAUUUGUGACUAUAGUCUAAAAAGUGUCUUUAAGCUCUGCUUUUUACAGCAAAAGACAGAAGAAGACGGUGAAGGGAUAAACUAGACUUUUGUCACACAUAUCGGACUGAGAACAAAUAAAGUGCGCAGACAUGGACUCGCUGCAGAAGAAUCAGCGAUGAGAUUUCAGUGGACGUACCAACAUAAAUGAAGCAUUGCAUGAACUUCUAAAUUCUCUGUUUAUUGAACUCAAAGACUUUUUCCAUCAUCCCUUCAUCUAGACUUGAACCUUGAGACAAAGGCCUCCUGAUAAUCAGAGAAUGAAGUAUGUGAAUUAAGUGAAACAGUGUCAACACAGACUGAAGUUUGAAUCCUGACAUAUAUAUUUUGUGUUAUAUUUCAGCUAGAAUUAAGUAUUAGUGGAGAGAAUCAGACUAUCUGUGAUACUUUUUUUAAAGGAGGAAAGAACAGUGUUUUGUGCCUAAUUGGUAAGAUCUGGGCCACCAGAUCUAAAAUCAGAUCUUUCUGGCUCCAAUUGGGAAGUAAUACCAACCUAACAUCAUCAUAGGUUUAAGACUGCAAGCAUCAUCUUUCCUCUGCAUCAUUUUAGUGCAAUAUGUGACAGAAACACUAUGAACACACACGUAUAUUGCACAGCCCUUUUCACCAAGUCAAAGAACAUUUGUGCAGGUAAUCACAUCGUUUUUGCUUUCUUUAGGUUUAGCCGCCAGUUGAGGAUGACAGAAAUGGAGACGAAGCAGUGUCCCACUACUUGUUAAAGAAAAAAAAAGUGCAUUGGAGACAUUCCUCCUAACACUACCAUGCCAAAGCCUUGUAUGUGUUACUUUUUACCUUUUUAUUGCCGUGAAAUUUCAGCUUGUUGAGCACUCUGUUAUGUGGGACAUGGGUUCUUUAAAGAUGACGCUAGGCUGUGGUAGCAGAUACGGAUAGUUAUGUACAGUAUUUAUGUUUUUAUGUUAGCGCCUUCUUUUACAGCACUUAAUUUAUAGAAGAUGUAGCUUUCACUUUCCUCACGGUGGCCAUGGCUUAAUUAUUAGAGCAGAUAUAAGAUUAUAGCUUGGCUCAGGUGAACACACAAGCACACUGGGGUUUGUAAGGAUGGGGUUCCCUUGUGGUUUGGUACGAUACACAUUACAGGGUUCUUGUUUAGGAGUCGUAUGGUUCCUUAAAUAUUUAAAUUCAGAACAAGGAACGUUUUUUUGUCACAGUAAAUCAUCCCAUAUUUUCCCCUCAUUUCAUUUCCAGAAUUUUUUUUAGGCUGACACAGAACACAACCACACUGUUGCCUGUUUGGGUGCCAAAUGCUAAAAUUAGCUUCUUAUUUGUUAUUUUUCAGCUCUACUGUGUUUGCUGUAGUGUUUUUAAGUUACAAAAGACAUAGCUCUAAGACGCAUUGUUACACUGAUAUUGCACAAACCAACACAAAAACCAAAAAAAAGAGCUGUAACGUAAACAAGUGCUAGAUAGGUCAGAAGGACAAAUGCUUAGUGCUACACGUGCCUUCAGGAGGCUAAAAGUUAAGCCAUUUUACACACAAACACACACAGUGAAAAGUCAGCUCUUCUUGGUCCUGCAGCAGAUGGAAGUGAAGGAUGACUGACCUGUCCUUGGACACACACACACAGGAGUUAGCCUCAUGAUUUGGGGGUUAAUCAGCGAUUGUCUUUGAUCCCUUUAAGCCUAGAAAACCUCAUUGCACUUUAUCCUCCAUCUGGGCUCUUCGCCUCAGCUUUCCCAUUUUCCCAUGCAUCCACAGAAGGCUCUCUCUCCCACUGUGAUGGUUAAGAGGAUUAACUGGUUGUUGUGAUAGCUGCUAACUAACUAGCAAGCAUCUGUAGUGUAGAAGUAAAACAAAAAAAAGCCUGGGUUUUCUCCUCAACUGCUUUAUUCAUUUGAAAAGUAUAAAAUGAGGCUUUUUUGGACUGUUUUCUGCCUACACUUGAAAAUAAAUACAUACAGCUAGCUUGUGCAGUGUGUGAUGAAUACAACAGAGGAGACUCAAGCAAGGACUAGUUCAGUCACUUGUUGUGAAUUAGAGAAAAGAUUCAUAAUGUUCAUACAAUGGCAAAUCCUAGGUUAAUGCCAGCAGCUUGUUAGAUUGAUUGUAUGUGUGAAACGGGGAAGAAAGCUUUAUGUGACUCUUAAAUAUGAAACCAGAAUGGAGUCUGUAUAUUUGUGAGCAGUGUGUACAACAAGAACAGCCCUGACAGGUGGUCCACUCGAUGUUUGGUGGGAUUUCACGCUGCCAUGACAACAGGUCUGCAGUUUUAGUUGAAUGCCUUGUGGUUGGAGUCCUAAUUUUCAAUUCAAAGGAUUUUUUUCUUUUGAUACAUUUUCUCAGCAGUUGCACAAAUUUAGACUUUUCAAGCAAAAUCAGUUCAGGUUUUAAACUGAAAGUGAACUAACUCUUCAUCCAACACUACAUUGUUAAUAUGAAGAAUAAAUAUAUUGAGAAUGAAACAUGUGGUAAUAAUCUGUAUUACAACCUUUCUGUAACUUUCAUCAGUUUGUACGCUCCCUCCCCAUUCCCAUAUGUGAACAAAGUUUUUUUUUGUAAAUAUUGGUACAUAUUGCCUCGUUUCUGUAAAUAGCGCACCCACAGUCCUCAAAUGUUGAUAUGAAUCUGAUGGCAUAUUUUUAUAUAUUUGUGUAAGGUUUGUUUUUAUGUUUUGUUUUUUUUCUCCUUCCUCUCUGGCAUGCGCUGUCAGUCACAUUUAAAUGAUAACCAUCACAGAUCUUUCAAAAAGAAGACAGAUGGUCUGUGUUACUACUCGACUGAAAGUUUUUGGUGUCCAUGUUGUCACUUUUAGCUCCUGAUGUUUUCUUUGUUACUGACAUCCACAGGAAGGAAAGGAAAAAAGAGGAAAAAAGUCAGGUUUUUUGCUCCCACUUUUCUGUUUAUCUCUGACUCUGUUUGGCAUCUUGCAGUCGUCAUGGUUACAGUCUAUCAGAGUUACUUCCUGUAUGUAGCUGUUCUUGUGGUGUCACUGUGGGUUCCUCUUUGUAAUUAAAUCAGUUCACUGGC